AUGGCCGCGGCGGAGCAUGCAAUCCCCGUCACCGAUGAGAGACCCAUGGAGCGGCCGUCGCUGCCCCCCAACCAGGGUCUCGAGGCUGUGAAGGAUAUUGUCUUUGGAUCGACAGCCGGAAUGGCUGGCAAACUCAUCGAGUACCCUUUCGACACCGUCAAAGUCCGACUCCAAUCUCAGCCCGCACACCUCCCUCUCCGUUACACCGGCCCCCUAGACUGCUUCCGCCAGUCCUUCCAGGCAGAUGGCGUUCGAGGGCUCUACCGGGGCAUCAGUGCCCCGAUGACGGGCGCCGCCGUCGAGACCAGCUGUCUCUUCUUCAGCUAUCGCAUUGCCCAGGACCUUCUGCGCGCAUCCAUUUACCCAGACACCGAGCAGCUGCACUUCCCCGCCCUCGUCCUCUGCGGUGCGGCGUCCGGCUCGGUCACCUCGUUGGCCCUCACCCCCAUUGAACUCAUCAAAUGCAAGAUGCAGGUGCCUGCGGAGUCGGCCGGUCUGAAAGCCCCGGGUCCGUUGGUUCUGAUCACAUCUGUUUUUCGCCAAGAGGGUCUGCUGGGCUUCUGGCGCGGACAGCUAGGCACCCUGAUUCGGGAGACCGGGGGCAGUGCGGCCUGGUUUGGUGGUUACGAAGGCGUGUCCUCACUCUUCCGGAAAUACUCUCACCAGUCCAGCACCGAGAGCCUCCCCGUGUACCAGCAGAUGAUCGCGGGUGCCGCCGCCGGAAUCAGCUACAACUUCCUGUUCUACCCGGCGGACACGAUCAAGUCGCGGCUACAGACCGAGGACCUCUCGCGGCUGCCGGUCAACAGCGAGCGGCAGACCUUCUGGAGCGUUGGCAAAGCGCUGUGGAAGCAGCAGGGGAUCAAGGGCAUGUACCGCGGCUGUGGCAUCACCUGCGCUCGUUCGGCGCCCAGCUCGGCCUUCAUUUUCGCCGUCUACGAAGGAUUACGACACUAUUUUGGAUGA